AUGGAGGAGUUGUCUGCCCUGAAUGGGAAGAGUUCAUUUGAAAACAAGAUGAAAGAUAUAACUGCAUUUGAAGAAGACUUUGAGAGAACGGUUCCUGAAGCAUUGGAUGAAGGUGUGAAAAUAAAGGAGGCAAGUGAAGAGGUUGAAAAUGAAGCUUUAGCAAGCAAGGAAUCUGUAAUUGAAACUACAGCAAAGGAGAAAUCUGAAAGUGAGGCUGAAGCAAAGAAGAAUUCUGAAAUGGAGGCUGAAGUAAACAAGGUAUCUGAAAGUGAGGCUGCAACAAAGGAGAAAUUUGAAAGUGAGGCUGAAGCAAACAAGGGCUCUGUAAAGGCUGCAGGAAAUGAGGGUUCUAAAUGUGAGGCUGCUACAUAUGAUGAUUCUGAAUGCAAGGCUGAAGAACACAGAGCGAAUGAUAGUGAGGCUACAGGGAGGUUAAUGAAGAAUACAGAACAACUGAAUGAUGAUAAAAUGAACUUUGAGAUAAGUGAUGUGCUUGUGAAGUUAGAAAAUUUGGAACAGUGUGGAGAGAAUAAAGAUUUUGAAGAUCCAUGUCAUCAUCCAAAUCCUCAUCCAAGUCCAGGGGAAGACAAUUAUCCUCAGCUACAGGAGGACAGGAUCAACAUGAGAUGUGAAGGUAUAACACAAAGCUUUUUAAAGGAGUCUCUACCAAGGAAAGUACAGAGCCAAGCUAAACAAGAGGAAUUUAUUGAGAGAGAAAAUGUACCCUCUCUUCAGCCCACAAAAGCUGAAAAUUCUCCAACAGAGAAAGGCAAAACAGUGAGUGAUGAGAGCUUGGGGACAGAAAGACAGGAAGAAUAUGAUCAAAGGAAUUUCUCCACAGAACAUUCAAACAAGAAUGAUUUCUCACUUAGUAAUGGAAAAUCCAAUACAGAAAUACCAAAUGUAGUUAAUAUUAGGAAUUCCUCAAUGGAAAAGAAGGAUAAAACUGAAGAAGCUGAUAAUGAAAAUUCCUCUACAAAACAACCAGAUAUAUCACACAGUAGAAGUAUCCCUACAAAACUGACAAAUAUAUCUGAUAAUCUGGAUCAGGAUUCCUCAGGCAUUAGCACUUUAGAGACAAGCAAUGAAGGACAGAAGGGAUAUGUUAGUGAUAAAAUGCUUCCCCCAGAAGAGAAUAUAAUACAAGGAGCAGACAAAUCCUCUGGCAUUAAUAUGCAGUGUUUAAGUGAUGAUGUGGUGGAGGACGAUGUUAGCCAAGGUCAGGGAGAAACAGGCAGCUCAGCAGAAGAAUUAGCACAAAGAAAAUUACAUAGUGAAAGGAAAUAUAAAGGACAUAGCAUGAAAGAAAACUUACCCUUGCUCAAUCCCUCAAAUUAUGAUGUUGGAAAUUCCCCUCCAGACCAGUUUGCAUCAGCUGUAACUGAAAGUUCCCAUAGGGAAGAGACAAGCAAUGAAGAUCUUGAUGGUGAAGUUACUGAAGAUGGUGGUGAUGAUGAGGAAGAGGAUGGUAUUCCUUCAGAAGAGAAUAAAAAGAGACAUCCAAGUAAUGAAAAAGAGGAGAAGGUUGAUAUUGAAGAUGACGGGGGAGAUAAUUUUGUUGGAGUUGAGGAAGAGACGAUGAGUGGAGACUAUCAUCAGUUAGAGGAGAUGAUUAAUAGAGCAGAGGACAAUCCAAGUGUAGAUGAUAUAUACAACAGAAAAGUUAUGAAAAACAAGGAUCAAAGUCACAGCAAGGAUGAUGUUCCUGAGGAGAAUAGAAGACAGGCACUGGACAAUUUGUAUGGAAGUAACAUUCCACAUCAGAGUCAUGAACUUGUUGAGGAUGUCAGCGAUGAUGAUGAGGUUGAUGAUGAUGAGGGGGAAGAGGAUGAUGUUCCUUCACAGGAGAAUGGUGGGAAGGAACUGGACAAUUUGUAUGAAAGAAGGAAUCCACAUCAAAGCCAUGAACUGGUUGAGGAAGUUGUUAGUGAGGAUGGCAAUAUGGAUAUCUAUAAAUGUGAUAAUACUGAUGAAAAAGGAGAUGAUGAGGUGAUAAAUGAUGAUGAUUUUCCCUCAGAGGAGACCAUUGUUAGGGCAGAAGACAAUCCAAAGAUUUACAUCAAAAAAGUUUUGAAGAGCACAGACAACAGCAAUAGCAAUCAACCAACGAAGAAACUAGAUCGUGUGUAUAAUCAAAAACACUGUUGCUUUAUAUGCCAGAAAAUGGUGCUUCAUCUGCCAGACCAUCUCUGGAGGUGUCACAAAUCACACCCUGUUGUCAAAGAAGCACUGAGCAGUAAUCGGAAAGGAAGGUUUGACCAGAUACGGGCAAAGGGAGAUCACUUACACAACAUAAAAGUGGUGAAAGAAGGGAAAGGGGAGCUAAUUCUCUCACGCAGAAGAGGAAGUUUCAAUUCCCAAGAAUUUGGACCUUGUCCCGAGUGCCUGGAAUGGAUGCAUCUGAAAUCUAUUGAUAUACACUACAGAAAAUUUCAUAAACAUUGCAAAAUGUUCAGAAAAUUGAAAAGCGGUUCCACUCUUGUUGACAAGAAGCAACACACUGUUCCAGUCUCUACCCCAUCAGCACAAGUGUUGCAGAACAAGUCAGUUACCUCAAUUGAAGAAUCAUCACUUACAAAAUUACAUAGCGAAAAUGAAUAUGAGGAGAUUACCAAGAAAGAAAACUCUUCCUCUAUUAAUCCCUCACAAUCUAAUGUUGGAAAUUCCCCUCGUGUUGAGUUGACAUCAGCUGUUACUGAGAGUUCUCAUGGAGGAGAGACCGAUAGAAAUGAUGUUUAUAAUUCAUCAAAAGGAAUGCAAGAUGUUGCAAUAAAUAAAAAUUUUCAAACGAAGCAUACAUUUGUAGCUGAAAAAGAGUUGUCUGAAAAACAACUGAAUGAAAGUGAUUUCUUGGAACCACCAACUGCAACCGUAGAGUUAAAUCUAAGCAUGACACAGCAAAGCAGUGAAGAUCUGGGAGAGGAUGAUUGUGAUGAUGUCAGUGAUGAUGAUGAUAUUGAUGAUGAGGGGGAAGAGGAUGAUGUUCAUUCACAGGAGAAUGGUGGGAAGGAACUGGACAAUUUGUAUGAAAGAAGCAAUCCACAUCAAAGCCAUGAACUGGUUGGGGAAGUAAUAACUGAAAAUAACAAUAUUGAUGUCUCUGAAUGUGAUGAUGCUGAUGAAAGAGGGGAGGAGGAGGAGGAGGUGAUGGGUGAUGAUGAUUUUCCCUCAGAGGAGACCAUUGUUAGGGCAGAAGACAAUCCAAAGAUUUACAUCAAAAAAAUUCUGAAGAGCACAGACAGCAGCAAUAGCAAUCAGCCAACAAAGAAACUAGAUCGUGUAUAUAAUCAGAAGCACUGUUGUUUUAUAUGCCGGAAAAUGGUGCUUCAUUUGCCAGAUCAUCUCUGGAGGUGUCAUAAAUCACAUCUGGCUGUCAAAGAAGCUCUGAGCAGUAAUCAGAAAGGAAGGUUUGACCAGAUACGGGCAAAGGGAGAUCACUUACACAACAUAAAAGUGGUGAAAGAAGGGAAAGGGGAGCUAAUUCUCUCACGCAGAAGAGAAAGUUUCAAUUCCCAAGAAUUUGGACCUUGUCCCGAGUGCUUGGAAUGGAUGCAUUUGAAAUCUAUUGACAAGCACAACAGAAAAUUUCAUAAGCAUUGCAAAAAGUUCAGAAAAUUGAAAAGCAGUUUUGUUGACAAGAAGCAACACACUGUUCCAGUCUCAACUCCAUCAGUGUUACAGAACAAGUCAGUUACCUCACUUGAAGAAUCAGCAGUUACAAAAUUACAUAGCAAAAAUAAGUUUCAGAAGCUUUCCAAGAAAGAAAACUCUUCCUCUAUUAAUCCCUCACAAUCUGAUGUUGGAAAUUCCCUUCCUGAUGAGUUGACAUCAGCUGAAACUGAGAGUUCUCAUGGAGAAGAGACGUAUAGAAAUGAUGUUGGUAAUUCAUCAAGGAGAAUCCCAGAUGUUGCUAUCAAUCAAAAUUUUCAAACAGAACAUAAAGCUGUAUCUGAGAAGGAGUCUUCUGAAAAACAUCUGAAUGAAAGGAAUUUCGCAGAACUACCAACUGCAACUGUAGAGUUAAAUUUGUCCUAUCUAAGCAUGACACAGCCAAGCAGUGAAGAUCUGGGAGAAGAUGUUAGUGAUGAUGUCAGUGAUGAUGAUGAUAGUGAUGAGGAGGAGGACGAGGAUGAUGUUCUUUCACAGGGUAGGAAGGAACUGGACAAUUUGUUUGGAAGUAGCAUUCCAAUUCAAAGCCAUGAACUGGUUGGGGAAGUAAUAACUGAAAAUGAUAAUAUGAAUGUCUCUGAAUGUGAUGAUGCUGAUGAAAGAGGGGAGGAGGAGGUGAUGAGUGAUGAUGAUUUUCUCUCAGAGGAGACCAUUGUUAGGGCAGAAGACAAUCCAAAGAUUUACAUCAAAAAAGUUUUGAAGAGCACAGACAACAGCAAUAGCAAUCAACCCACAAAGAAACUAGAUCGUGUGUUUAAUCAGAAGCACUGUUGUUUUAUAUGCCAGAAAAUGGUGCUUCAUCUGCCAGACCAUCUCUGGAGGUGUCACAAAUCACACCCUGUUGUCAAAGAAGCACUGAGCAGUAAUCGGAAAGGAAGGUUUGACCAGAUUCGGACAAAGGGAGAUCAUUUACACAACAUAAAAGUGGUGAAAGAGGGGAAAGGGGAGCUAAUUCUUUCACGCAGACCAGAAAGAUUUAUUUCUAAGGAUUAUGAGCCGUGUUAUAAUUGUUUGGAGUGGAUGCAUAAAGGGACUUUAAAAAAACAUUUUAAAGCUGUUCAUAGGGAACCUAAAGAAAUAGACAGUGGCUAUCCAGGGAUGUUGAACGUAUCUCAUAAUACACCAGUCUGUACAGAACCUACACAAUUGCAGCACGAUUCUGAUAGUGUGUCUGAACAGGUAGAACUUAUCUAUUCUUACAAUAAAAAGAGACAGGAACCAGCCAGGAAGUUGGACCAUCAGCAAUGGUCAAGUGAGGAGAAAAAGGAACUGGAGUUGUAUUUUUGUGACUUCCUUGUGAAGAAGACUUGUCCUUCAAGAAUCCAGUGCCUAGAUAUUAUUGAGAGGAGCAAAGUAAUGGGUGGUGUUUUACAUAUGCGAAGCUGGCAGAACAUCACAAAGAAAAUCUCGCAAGAAAACAAAGGAAACGGUAAAACUAUUGAAACUGGAAAUUUCCCUUUGAAGAGAAAAGCUAGCAAGUCAAAGUCUAGAACAAAGAGCAUGAAAAUAUCAUGGAAAAAAGCAAUGAACAAGUCAAUUCAGAAGUCACAUAAAGUAUUAGCACGUAAAAAGUCAUCAAAAAAGGGAUUUUCUCACAAGUCAAGAACUUUAUCUGGAAAAAGUAACUGCGAUUUGUCUAUUACAUUUAAACGAAAACGUUGGACAAAAGAGGAAGAGCGUGAACUAGACUUUUACUUUGGCAGAUAUUUUGCAUCCAAAACUUGUCCAUCAAAGAGGGAAUGUAUGAAGGUCAUAGCUAAAAGUGCUGAAUGUGGGGGAGUAAUACAUACCAGGUACUGGCAAAAUAUCAUCAAGAAAAUAUCGUCUGAAAACAAGAAAAACAGAAAAUCUGUAGAUAUGUCCACUCCGAAUUUACAUACGGAGGAAUCAGAAUUAAGUAGAACUGAAACGAGCAUAGAUGAAUGUGAUGAAAAAGUUGCAGAAACAGUAGGAGCUGGACAGAAAGUUGGCACAUCAAACGCUGAUCUGCCUCUUAAGUCAACCAGUAAACAUGAGAAAGGGGAUUCUGAUAGUUUUUCCAACAUUGUUGAGCGGAAGCUGUGGUCUAAAGAGGAAGUAAAUGAAUUACUACUCUAUUUAGGAGAGUUCCUCACCACUAAAACUUGUCCUUCAAAAAAGCGGUGUUUGGAGGCCAUAGAAAAGAGCAAACAGAACGGUGGAGUUCUUCAAAACAGAUACUGGCACAACAUAAUCAAGAAGAUAUCCACUGAAAACAAUAAAAAGCGAAAAUCUGUAAGUAAACACAUUGGAGAUUCUGAUAAAACUGAACGUACCACAUCAGUGUUCAGCAAAGCUUCCAAUGAAAGUUUGGGGAAAUCAUCAACAAGUGGACUAAAUCAGAAACCAGGCAGAAAGUCUACAAGUGGUAAAUCUGAUGCCAAUGACAAUAUAUGUGAGAGAAAACGUUGGUCUUCAGAAGAAGAGCAAGAGAUCAAGAAAUAUUUCAGCGAGUUUCUGUCUUCAGGGACUUGUCCAUCUAAGAAGCAGUGUUUAAAGGCCAUAGAGAAAAGCAAACAGAGUGGUGGAACUUUGCAUACACGAUACUGGCACAACAUCGUAAAGAAAAUAUCCAAUACAAAUAGAAAAGCUUCCAAACUUGAAAAUACAAAUUGAAUCUAAUGCUCUCUUUGGGCUUGAAAAUUGUAUUAAAAUUCCAAAUGCAUGUUUAUACUCAGAUACAUAUGUGUAGAUGGGUUUUAUGUAAGGAAAUUGAAUGUAAGAUUUCUGUCUUGAAGGUUACAAUAAAUUUUGUGCUCCUUGAU